CUGUGUGCCUAGAAGCUUGUAGACGCAACUAAAAAACAUGUGUCGCUUUUUGAUUUGUGUAAUUGCUUUAAUGACAAUAACAGAUGCCCAAGUUGAUAAACAUGCAACUCAAGAAACCAAGAUGCUAUUCCAAAGAUUGAAGAGUCUUGCUAAAGAUGAAACUAAAGUUUUAUUUGGACAACAAGAACACACCUGGUUAGGUGCUCAAGGGGGAACAUCGCCAUAUUUAUUUUGGGGACUCGAUCAUGACGGUGCCAAGGGAUGGAUUUAUGGGGAUGGCCAAGCUAGAGACCAUUCUCCAGAUGACCUCUGUGAUGUCAAGGGCAUCACUGGGUCAUACCCCGCCAUAUUAGGUGUUGACAUGUUUGAUAUGGAUUAUAAGAAUAACGUCACAAGUCAUUGGUUGGGAAGACGAGCUUAUGAACGGGGUGAAGUAAUCACAGUGUCCAUGCAUCAUACUAACCCAAUUACAGGUCACAAUGCCUGGAUUGGGGGCGAUACUGGCGAUACUCUUCAUGUUGUUAGAAGGAUUCUUCCUGGAGGAGAUCACCACGAUAAACUUAAUGCAAUACUGGAUAAGUUAGCAAUCUGGGCCCAUUCGUUUACAGACUCCAAAGGAAAACCAAUUCCAGCAAUUUUCAGGUAUUUGCACGAGUUAAAUGGUGGAUGGUUUUGGUGGGGUUUGAAGAACAAGGCCCAGAAUACAGAACAGGACCUCCAAAAAUUAUAUCGCUAUAUGGUCACAUAUCUACGAGAUCAGAAAGGUGUCCAUAAUUUCCUCUACGCCUACAGUCCUGAUAAAUUCUCUGAUAAAGCUGAUUAUUUAAAAACCUACCCUGGUGAUGAUUAUGUUGAUGUUCUGGGUAUGGAUUGGUAUUAUAUGUCUUCAUCCGACACGAAAACUACUUUUCAUAGAACUGUGAAAGACGUGGUAGAAAUAGCAGAAUCGAGGGGGAAAAUUCCUGCCAUAACCGAAACGGGAUACUCGAACAAUGGCAUCGAGAAAAUGCACAGUUUCUGGAAAGAUGACAUCCUUGAUGUACUAAAAUGGGAAUCAACAACGAAACGUAUAGCCUACAUUCAUACAUGGUCCAAUCAUUGUAGCGGAAAUGGAAAAUGUGAACUCUGGGUACCUUACAAGGGUCAUCCAGCUGAAUGGGAUUUUGUAAAUAAAUUUUACAAAGACCCAAUGACUGUCUUUUCAUCUCAACUACCAGAUAUGUACCACUGAACAGCUGAAGAAUAUCAGACAUCUAGCCGAAAGCUAAGAUAA